AGGUAGCGUCAUCCGGCUUGUUUGCCGAUGGUAAAUAACGUGAAAAUUCUCUUCCGCCAAAGUGAAAGUAGUGAAACUUUAUAUGGUGGAAUGUUUUAGUGAAAAAAAAGCGUAUUACCGACGUCAAGCACCAUGAGCCGAAGGCUGGCCAAGUUGCACAAGCCGUGCGACAAGCUGGACAAGUACGACAAUGAGCCGUACAUGCAGAAUCCGCUGUUGAACUUGUUCCUUUCGGAGAUCAAGGAGCGGCGCCACUACAGUUUCAUCCAGCGAAAAGCUGCCGCUGAAAAAGUAAAACUCUGCCGUCGCAAGACUGAAGACCUAGACGACAUCGUUCCGAAACCCGAGUCCUACUACGUCGACCAGCUGCGGGAGCACGCGAGGCGUGCCCCGGUCCCAAAAAUGCUUUCUAAAACAGAAGAUAAGAUAUUGUCGUUCGUACCAAAGCGCUUGCGGCAGCAGUACCCUGCAUUGCUAGCAUCGUACAUGACCGACGUUCACGAAGACUUCGACAAAGUGAUGAAAGCCUUCAGCUGCCAAAAAAUCUUCAAGCCCGGCCCCGAUGAUUAUGUUCCAUCGAGAGAAAAAUUCGAGUUCAAGCGUCUUGGCCGGACAGCGAACUACAAAAAUUUCCUCAAACACAGAGCCACCAUUCAGAAAAAUCUGCUGAUUCCGUAUCCGUUCAUUCGGUGUAUCAUUCACUACUCCUAUACGGAUUUUCCGCUCGUAUUGAAUGAUUUCGCAAAUUAUAGGUUGAAGUCGGAGAUCACCUUGAAUGAGCUUCGCGAUAUGGCCAAGAAGGAGUUGCAAUCCAGCAACACCUUCAUUGCCCAGGAGUGGUAUCCCAAGAUCACGAGGGUACUCAAGAAGCACUAUGAUCGUCGUACGCUGCCGAAAUCCAUGUGGCCGAAGGUGAUCAGUUGCGCAUCCAGUCUGAUCAACCGACAGCUGAAUGAGUUGAAAUUGCGCACCAUCGAGCAUCUUGAACGUACCGUUCUCAAUGUUCACAAAAUUCCUCAAAUGAAAAUUCUUGCUAUAUGCGACGACGGCAUCGAUCUGUUUCCCAGCCUGAACGAUAUUUACAGUGUGUACCAGAACGCGAUCGAGGAUAUUGCAGCCAUAGGCUCCCGUCUGUCGCCGCUCGAGAAUAUGAUCGACGCUCAGGCAUUUGUGACAAAGGCGAAUUUUAUGAAGAUUGGAAUCGGUGACAUAUCGCUGCAGGAGAUGCACGACGAACUGCAGAUUGCUCUGGAAAAGACGUUCGAACCGUUGGCCAGCUACCUGAGGGACUUCCAGGAGCAAUUUGCAGGACUGAUCAGUAAAGAGACACGUGACGAACUGGAUGAGUUCCUCAGUGAGUCCCGUUCGUUCGACGAAUACCUGCAGAAGAUUGACGAUUUUCAGGCGUACAACGAGAAGAUCAAGAAUAUGGUAAUGAAGGAGUACUUCUACGUUGCCAUCGUGAAUCAAUCGGAUGCGAUCGGCAGCCUGCGGAAACUGGUUCGGGAGUACAUCGAGCGAAUCGCGGAAAGCAUUGCGGUGGAACAUAGGAGGGAAAGCCAACGGAUUUGCCGGGCUUUCGAAGAGAUUAAAGAUCGUGCGCUGGAAAUACCAACAUCGACUGAACAGCUUAUGGCUAACGGAGAAUACAUGACACGGGCUAAGACGGAAACCAUCGAGGAACUUCGGGAGAAAAUACAAGCCUCCAUGAGGAUUGGAGCUUAUUUGGUGGAGUUGAUUGAGCUGCCACCCGACCACAUGGACGUACAGGUGGAAAGCAUCAAUUGGUACUUCCGUAUUCAAGCCGUAUUUGAUGUGAACUCAACUAACUUCGAGACGUACAAGUUUCAAUUUGAAGAGAAGCUUCAAGAUGUAACGAAACAACUAAAUGAAAAGAUGGAGGAAAUGAUACCGGAUAUCGCCAUCAUCAAUGACAUGACGGAAACGGAAAAGUUUCGUGACUACAUUAUGCUGCUCCAGGGUUACAUUGAUCAAAUCUUUAUCUUCGAGGAUCAUGUCAAGUGGAUUAACAAGGAGGAAGUGCUGUUCAAAUUUCCUAAGUCGCAGUAUGCGGUGCUAGAAGCGAUCAAGACGUUCGUCGUACCUUUCUAUAAAUUGAUCAGAUUGUGUAUGCGUUGGUUACGCUACUACAAUGUUUGGAUGGACGGACCAUUUGAAUACCUAGAACCACACUUCGUUGAAUCCAAAACGGAGGAAUUUUUAAAGGAAUUUCAAAAGACGCAAAAGUACUACCGUAAUCGCAUUAAAGCGGACAUGCUGGAAAAUACCCUUUGCAAGUUUAAGGGUCAAACCGAAGAUCCAGAUCCGGAGAAACAUCCAUGCCCGUUAAAGCUGUGCGCUCGAAUGACGCAAUCCAUCAAGGACUUUCAUAUGGGAGUGUAUAUUGUUAACAUCAUGUGCAAUCCAGCGUUGAAGGAUCGUCAUUGGGACGAAAUGUCGGAAAUCGCUGGCUUUGAUCUCACUCCGGAUGCGGGUACAACACUCCGCAAAAUAAUCAAGUACAACUUGGAACAUGAUUUGGACAAGUUUGAGAUUGUUAGUAUUGGCGCGAAUAAAGAGUUGCAGCUGCAGAAAAGUUUGGCAGCUAUGAUCAAAGAGUGGGAAUCCAUCGAUUUCAAGUUGAAUGCGUUUAAAGACACCAAUAUCAAUAUAUUGUCCGGGUUGGACGAAAUUCAAGCGGUUCUAGACGAUCACAUUAUCAAAACUCUGGCAAUGCGUGGUUCUGCUUUCGUAAAACCAUGUGAGAAAGAAGUGAAGGAGUGGUUCAAAACGUUGACACGUGUACAUAAAACAUUAGAGCAGUGGGGAAAGGUGCAGAGCACUUGGUUGUAUUUGCUGCCGAUAUUCUCCUCGGCCGAUAUCGUGGCACAAAUGCCGAAUGAAGGAAGAAUGUUUCAGCAAGUGGACAAAACAUAUCGCAUGUAUAUGAAGGCAGUGGAAGGCAAUCGAUCAGUGAUAAACAUAGCAGCUGCCAAGGGAGUUCUAGAGGCGUUGGAGCAAGCCAACGAAUUGAUGGAGGAAAUCACGAACGGUGUUAACGAGUAUCUGGAGAAGAAACGGCUUUAUUUCCCUAGAUUUUUCUUUCUGUCGAACGAUGAAAUGUUAGAAAUCCUUUCAGAAACAAAGGAUCCACUGCGAGUUCAGCCACAUCUGAGCAAGUGUUUCGAAGGAAUCAACAGACUAGAGUUUGAUCAGGCCUUGGACAUACGUUCGAUGUUUAGCAUAGAGAAAGAACAGGUUCAAUUCGUAGAGAAAGUGUCAACAUCUGAAGCUCGAGGCAGUGUCGAGAAAUGGUUGGUCCGGGUGGAGGAUGAAAUGUUGAAGGCCGUUUUGAAUGAAAUAAAAGGAAGUUACGAAGCGUACAAGGAGAAGGCCCGCGAUUCUUGGGUACUGGAUUGGCCCGGCAUGGUUGUGCUUUGUGUUUCGCAAAUUUUUUGGGCUGCCAAUAUUCAUGCCUGUCUCGGUGGAAAACAGAACGCUGUCGAGGAGUUUUUCAACCGGCUGCAGGUCGAGCUGAUGGAUGUUGUUAAAUUAAUUCGUUCGAAGGAGAUUACAAAUUUGGAUCGAAUUACGAUCAAAGCGUUGAUCGUUAUUGACGUCCACGCAAAGGAUGUAGUAGAAGAACUUAUCAAGCAGCAGGUUCGCUCUGAAAAUGAUUUCCAGUGGUUGGCACAGUUGCGUUACUAUUGGAACGCGGAGCAAGUGACGGUGAAGAUUAUAAAUGCUUCGGUUAGGUUCGCUUGUGAAUAUCUGGGGAAUUCGGAUCGGUUGGUUAUAACUCCGUUAACUGAUCGGUGCUACAGAACAUUGAUGGGUGCCUACCAGCUGCAUCUGAAUGGCGCACCCGAAGGCCCAGCUGGGACGGGUAAAACGGAAACUACCAAAGAUUUGGCCAAGGCGCUGGCAGUACAGUGUAAAGUGUUCAACUGUUCCGACGGAUUGGAUUAUAAAGCUAUGGGGAAGUUUUUCAAGGGAUUAGCUUCGUCGGGAGCAUGGGCCUGUUUCGAUGAGUUCAACCGAAUAGAGCUGGAGGUGUUAUCAGUUGUGGCUCAGCAAAUUAUGUGUAUCAUAGUGGCGGUUCGGGCUGGUGUCCAAAAAUUUAUUUUUGAAGGAACUGAGCUGAAUUUGAAUCCAGCUUGCUACGUUUGUAUCACUAUGAAUCCAGGAUACGCUGGGCGGUCAGAGUUGCCAGAUAAUUUGAAGGUGCUAUUCAGAACUGUCGCUAUGAUGGUACCGGACUACGCCAUGAUCGGAGAAAUAACCUUGUAUUCCUUUGGUUUUACCAAUGCACGAACUUUGGCGGUUAAAAUUGUCACUACUUAUCGACUUUGUUCCGAGCAGCUUUCGUCUCAAAAUCACUACGACUACGGCAUGAGAGCGGUUAAAACAGUCUUGCAAGCCUGUGGCAAUCUGAAAAAAUCAUUUCCAGAUGAGGAUGAAGAAAUAUUGUUGCUGAGAUCACUUUUGGAUGUAAAUUUACCAAAGUUUCUUCGGAAAGAUGUUCCUCUUUUUGAGGGGAUCAUCUCGGACCUUUUCCCAGGUGUAGAACUUCCUCAGGCUGAUUAUAUGUUGCUUACCAAUGCAUUCAAUGAGGUUUGCCGGGAUAUGAAGUUACAACCAAAAGACACCUUCCUGACGAAGAUCAUACAAACGUACGAGAUGAUUAUUGUUCGCCACGGAUUCAUGAUGGUAGGUCAACCAUUUUCAGCAAAAUCUAUGACCUUGAAAGUGCUGGCCGAAUGUCUUACGAAGUUGAAAGGCCAAAGCGAUAACCCUUAUUUUCAACGAGUGCAGUACGAGGUGGUGAAUCCCAAAGCGAUUACAAUGGGUCAACUCUAUGGUGCAUUCGAUCCGAUAUCCUAUGAAUGGACCGAUGGCAUUGCCUCAACUAUAUUCCGAAGAUUUGCCAUCGACACGAAACCCGAUCGGAAGUGGUUGAUUUUUGACGGUCCGGUCGAUGCCGUGUGGAUAGAAAAUAUGAACACGGUAUUAGACGAUAACAAGAAGCUGUGUUUGACGUCUGGCGAGGUCAUUACUAUGACGGGGGAAAUGUCGAUGAUAUUCGAGGUUAUGGACCUGGAGCAGGCUUCACCGGCAACGGUUUCGAGAUGUGGUAUGAUUUUUAUGGAACCAUCCGUUAUCGGGUGGGAGGCUCUCGCCAUGUCGUGGAUAGAGCGUUGCAACAAACAGUGGACAACGGACUGGGAGCACUUUUUGCUGGAAAUUUACCGUUGGAUUAUUCCGGAUUGUUUGAAGUUCAUAAGACGACAGUGUAGGCAGUAUCUCUACCCGGGUGAUAUGAAUUUAAUCGUGUGUACGAUGAAUAUCUUUGAAAUGGUGAUUGAUGAAGCUGUUAACGAAAGUCCUGACGAGUAUGGAAAGCAUCUGUUUACGUGGUUUCAAGCGGCAUUGAUGUACUCAGUUGUUUGGGGAUUGGCGGGAGUUUUGGACAUGGAUUCGAAAAUUAAGUUUGAUGAGUAUUAUCGAGAGAUUUGGAAGGGAACUGAAGAAAGCCAUCCCGUUCCGGAUGUUUUGGGAAAAAUAGAUGUGUCAAUGCCCGGUGAGGGGAUGAUAAUGGACUAUGUGUACUGCUUCAAGCAAAAAGGCAGUUGGCGAUAUUAUUCGGACAUGGUACGACAGAUGAAGAAUGAAGUUGGCAUUACGCUUCUGGUGCCCACUUUGGAUUCUGUUCGAUACAUGCAUAUAAUCGAUAUUCAUAUUAAGAGCAAAAAACCCCUGCUUUUGGUGGGUCCAACAGGCACAGGAAAAACAUACUAUUUCCAGAACUAUCUGAUGAGCAAAAUGGAUCAAACUACGUACCUUCCCACUCUGAUCACAUUUACAUCGCAGAUUACAGCCAAUCAAACCCAGGAAUUGAUCAUCUCCAAAUUGAUGAAGAAGAGGCGUGGUCUGUACGGACCGGCGGACGAUAAAACCAGUGUGCUUUUCAUCGAUGACAUGAACAUGCCAGCGAAAGAAAUUUACGGUGCGCAACCACCGAUCGAGUUGAUACGGCAGUACUUCGACUACGGGCACUGGUACGACCUAAAGGACGCGUCGAAGUUAUUUUUGCAGAAAAUUCUUGUGAUGGCUGCUUGCGGUCUGCCCGGUGGUAGCCGACAGAACGUUUAUGAGAGGUUUCUUUGUCACUUCGAUAUCUUCGCGAUCAGUAACUUCAACGACGAAACCAUGUUUAAAAUCUUCACAAACGUUUUACUGGAUGGUUAUCGGAAGGGAGGUCAUGCAACGGAUGUUACCACAGUGGUGAACAUGAUCGUCAACGCAACCCUGAAAACGUAUCAGUUUGCGUGCGAGAAGUUGCUACCGACUCCUGCGAAAUCGCAUUACAUUUUCAAUCUGCGAGAUGUUUCACGUGUGAUCAGUGGCUGCUCGAUGUUGAAACGUGAAUCAGUCGAGAGUAAAAAAGUGUUCCCGAGACUCUGGAUGCACGAGACGAUGCGUGUGUUUUACGAUCGUUUGGUUGACGAAACAGACAGACGGUUCGUAUUCGACAAAUUGAACCAGAAUCUCAAAACAUAUUUCAAAGAGAAAACAGAACAACUUUUGCCGGAUUUCUUUCAUGCAGAAACGGGCGCAGUAAAUUUGGGAAACCUAAACAAUCUUCUUUUCGGUAGUUAUUUUGACGUAGACGCUGAAAUGGAAGACCGGAAAUAUGAGGAGAUACCACAAAUCGAACAGUUUAGAGAUUUGGCUAAUAGAGAUUUGGCGGAAUAUAACAGUGCUCACAAGGCAAAAAUGGAUAUCGUUUUGUUCCAGUACGCGCUGCAACAUUUGAAUAAAAUUUGCCGUAUUAUGUCCAUGUCCUGUGGAAGCUGUAUGCUAGUUGGAAUGGGUGGCUCCGGUCGCCAAUCGUUGACCAAAUUGGCUGCCCAAAUAUGCGGACAGUCUCUGUUCCAGCCAGAAAUUACGAAAUACUACGGAAUCAAUGAAUGGCGAGAAGAUUUGAAGAAAGUUCUUAAAGAAGCAGGUGGAAUGGGUCGUGAUACUGUUUUCUUGCUGACUGAAGCUCAGCUAAAAGAGGAAGCCUUUCUUCAGGAUAUUGAUUGUUUACUAAACCUGGGUGAAGUUCCGAAUAUUUUCCCAAUAGAUGAAAAGCAAGAGAUUCUGGAAAUGGUCCGCUUGGCUGCCCAAGGAGGUAAUCGUAACUUAGAUGUCAGCCCCUUGGAGGUUUUUCAGUUUUUCGUCAAUCGUUGCAAGCAAAAACUUCACAUCGUAAUCUGCUUCAGUCCAAUUGGAUCUGCUUUGCGAAACAGAAUUCGACUAUAUCCAUCUUUGGUGAAUUGCUGUACGAUCAAUUGGUUUGAUGCAUGGCCGGAGGAUGCAUUGGAGAAAGUCGCUGAAAUGUACAUGAAAGAACUUAGCGUCCCAGCCACGAUCAAGGAAGCAAUAGUGGUAACCUGCAAGCAUUUCCACGUGGUCGCCAGAGAAACUUCCGCUGAGUUCGCGGCAUCAACAGGUCGUGUCACGUACGUCACAUCUGCUUCUUAUCUAGAACUAAUAAAAUGCUUCCGAAAUCUCACCAAGAAACACCAAACGGAAAUUAUGCAGAAUAAGAUGCGUUAUCUGGCUGGUUUAGAGAAACUGGACGCAGCAGCAGCUGCUGUCUCAGUCAUGCAGAAGGAGUUAAAUGCCUUACAGCCUACUUUAUUGGUAAUGGCCGAACAGUCGCGAAAAAUGACGGAGCAGAUUGAAAAAGAAUCCAUCGAAGCAGCCGCCGCUACUGAACAGGUUAAAAAGGAUGAGCUUGUCGCUAACGUUCAGGCCGCCGAAGCACAAGUGCUGAAAGCCGACUGCGAGAAGGAUCUGGCUGGUGCCAUUCCAAUUUUAGAAGAAGCUAUCCAAGCUUUGAACACACUAAAGCCGAACGACAUAACUCUCGUGAAGUCAAUGAAAAAUCCACCCGAAGUGGUGAAACUGGUGAUGGCUGCGGUAUGUGUGAUGAAAGGGAUUACUCCGGACAAGGUUGCCGAUCAGGCAACGGGGAAAAAAAUGCUUGACUAUUGGGCACCGAGUAAGCGACUGCUGGGGGAUAUGGCAUUCCUGCAAACUCUAAAGGAUUUCGACAAAGACAACAUCAACCCUGACAUCAUGAAGAAGAUUCGCAAAGAGUAUAUUCCUCAUAAGGACUUCCAACCGCACAUUGUGGCAAAAGCGUCUAGCGCCGCCGAAGGUCUGUGCAAAUGGGUCAUAGCUAUGGAUUUGUAUGAUGCGGUCGCGAAGAUUGUUGCUCCGAAAAAAGAGAAACUGCGUCAAGCUGAGAAGGAGUACGCAGAAACCAUGGCACUGCUGACUGAAAAACGGCAACUGGCAGCCAACUUGGAACGACGGGUUGCCGAGUUGAAUGAUAACCUAGACGAAGCGAACCAAAGAAAACAGGAAGUAGAGGAUGAGGUCCAGUUGUGUAAAGAUAAACUACAACGAGCGGAAACCUUGAUAGGCGGUCUUGGAGGGGAGAAAAGUCGAUGGACGCUGGCAGCGGAAAGACUUCAAAAUUUGUACGAUAGCUUGGCUGGCGAUAUUCUCGUGUCCAGUGGAGUUAUUGCUUAUCUGGCUCCAUUGAAUGCGAGCUUCCGUAAUCAUUGUAUUGAAAAUUGGCAUGCGUUUGUCCGUGAAAUGAAAAUUCCUUGCUCGAGCACGUAUAGUCUGGUGGACAUAUUAGGGUCGAAGAUCAAAAUUCAAAAGUGGAACAUUGCCGGCUUGCCAACGGAUGCAUUUUCGGUGGAAAAUGGAAUCAUCAUGGAUAGCUCCAACCGGUACAGUUUGUUUAUAGAUCCUCAGUUUCAGGCGAACAAGUGGAUCAGAAAUAUGGAAAGGAGUAACCACUUGCAGAUCAUGAAGUUUUCCCAGCCAGACUAUAUGAAACGAUUGGAAGUGUGCAUAGAGCAUGGCUGGCCAGCGUUGAUUGAAAAUAUCUUCGAAGAUCUGGAGGCUCCUCUAGAUCCGGUGCUGAAUCGAAACACCUUCAUUCAGGGUGGAGUUGAAUAUUUAAGUUUGGGUGAUAAUGUUAUUGCAAUGUCACCGAAAUUUCGACUGUAUCUAACAUCUGGACUUAGAAACCCACAUUAUUUGCCUGAGGUGUUCAACAAAGUAACUAUCGUAAACUUUGCUCUCACUGUCAAAGGUCUGGAGGACCAGCUGCUCGGAAUAGUGGUUGCUAAAGAACGGCCGGAUCUUCAAGAGUUGCGUCAAAAUCUAAUACUACAGGGGGCUAAGAACGUUGCGAUGCUGAAGGAAGUUGAGGAUAAGAUUUUGAAAACACUCUCCGAGAGUAAAGGUGACAUUUUGGAAGACGAAAGUGCCAUAAAAAUUCUGGACGAUUCCAAACGAAUUUCCACCGAUAUCGAGAGAAAACAGGAGGAUUCUAAAGAAAUUGAAGCUAAAAUCGAGGCAUUCCGGCAGAAUUACCGACCAGUUGCCACUCACUCUUCAACGCUGUACUACUGUAUUACAGAACUGCCAAACAUUGACCCAAUGUAUCAAUUCUCGUUGGCAUGGUUUGUCAACUUGUACAUUUUCUCGAUUGAAAAUGCCAACCGAACCAAGGACCUGCUGCGCAGGUUAAAGUUUUUGAUGGAUGCCGUCACGCUCAACCUGUAUAACAACGUAUGCAGAUCAUUAUUUGAACGAGAUAAACUGCUCUUCUCAUUCGUAUUGACUACUAAAAUCAUGAUUUCUUGUAGUCAAAUUGAUCAGGGUGAAUUCCAAUAUUUGCUAGUUGGAGGAGAGAAAAGCGCUGUGCAGCUACCAAACCCGGACCCAAGCUGGAUAACAGAAAGGCUCUGGGAAGAUAUUUUACGUUUAGAGCAGCUACCAGAGUUUACCGGUUUCGUUAGCAGUUUCAGUGAGAAUACAGCAGAUUGGAAGCGUUACUACGACACAGAGGAUACUCACAUGGAAAAGCUUCCAAGCCCAUGGCAGGAAAAAACAAACCGUUUCGAAAAAUUGAUUCUUUUGCGAACAUUUAGACCCGAUAAGGUCGUGCUAGCGAUUGCAGAAUUUGUCGCUUCGGAAAUGGGUCCAGCGUACGUGUUACCACCACCGUUCGACAUCGCUCGUUCGUAUGAGGAUUCUAACUGUCUAACGCCUUUGAUAUUUAUUCUUUCACCUGGAGCUGAUCCGAUGAACGCAUUGCUGUUGUUUGCCGAGAAGAUGGGUUUUGAUGAGACUUUUCAGUCCAUUUCUCUGGGCCAAGGGCAAGGACCGAUUGCGCAGAAAAUUAUCGAACGGGCUCAAGAGGAAGGCACCUGGGUAUGUUUGCAGAAUUGUCACCUGGCUGCCUCCUGGAUGCCAACGCUCGAGUAUCUCUGGGAGAAUAUGGACCUUUACAAUACGGUGUCUUCAUUUCGCUUGUGGCUUACAAGUUACCCUUCGGAACAGUUUCCCAGCAGCAUACUGCAAAAUGGGAUCAAGAUGACCAACGAACCCCCAACUGGAUUACAGCAAAAUCUGCUACGUUCCUAUAAGUCAGAACCGAUGAAUGAUGAAACCUUUUACACAGGUUGUGCCGGUAAAGAUCGCGCCUUUUCGAAGCUACUUUACGGCAUCUGUUUCUUCCAUGCGGUCGUGCAGGAACGCCGCAAAUUCGGUCCGCUAGGAUGGAACAUCUCGUAUGGAUUUAACGAGUCGGACUUCCAAAUCUCAGUUCUUCAGCUGCAGCUUUUCCUCAACCAGUACGACGAUAUUCCGUACAAUGCUAUAUCGUAUUUGACGGGUGAGUGUAACUAUGGAGGUCGUGUGACUGACGCUUGGGAUCGAAGAGCUAUCGUUACCAUUUUGUCGGAUUACGUUAACGAUAGGGUCGUGCACGAUCCGAAUUAUCGCUUUUCGAAUCAAGGCGAUUGCUAUGGUAUUCCUCUUCGGAAUGAGCAUCGAGAGUACGUGGCACACAUUGGCAAUAAUGUGCCGAACUAUCCGAGUCCAGCGGUGUACGGACUUCAUCCAAACGCUGGCAUUACGAGGGAUUUGAAUGCAUCCAAGGUGUUACUGGAGUCGAUGCUGAUGACUCAGGGUGGAUUAUCGGAGGCAAGUGAUGUUGACAAAGAAAAAAAUAUAUUGGAAAUUGUUGAAAACAUACACAGUCGGUUGCCAGCUGAUUUUGAUAUUGAAACGGCCAAAGCAAAAUAUCCGGUCGAUUACAGUGAAUCCAUGAACACUGUACUGGUGCAGGAAAUGGAGCGGUUCAAUAAUCUGCUGCAAGAGAUAAGAUCUAGCUGUGUUAAUCUUAAAAAGGGUAUCGCUGGAUUGAUCGUACUGACUCCAGAGUUGGAGGCAGUUUUCGUUGCACUCAAUUUCAAAAAGAUCCCGGACAGCUGGAUGAAGAAAUCCUACCCAAGUUUGAAACCAAUUGGAGCAUAUAUUAGCGAUUUUCUAGAACGGCUCGCUUUUCUUGAGUCCUGGUAUAGACUUGGGAAGCCGAACGUGUUUUGGGUUUCUGGUUUCUACUUUACACAGGCCUUUUUGACGGCAGCCAUGCAAAACUACGCUCGGAAGUAUCGCAUUCCGAUCGAUAUUUUGACUUUUGACUAUGAGGUGUUAAAAAUUUCAUCAGCAAAUUCACCCCCGGAAAAUGGAGUUUACAUCAACGGUUUAUUUUUGGAAGGGGCAAAAUGGAACCUUCGAGGAGCAUACCUUGAGGAGCAACUUCCCAAAAUGCUGAUAGAUAUAAUGCCGAUUAUUCAUCUCAUACCAAUCAAAGUGACCGAGCUCGAGGAAGGCACCAGAUACAAAUGUCCGGUUUACAAAACAGCAGAACGGAAAGGUACUCUUUCGACGACCGGUCAUUCAACAAACUACGUAAUCCCGGUUCUGCUGGGAACCAGACUGAAUAGCGCCCAUUGGGUGAAACGAAGCGUCGCAUUACUGUGUCAGACGUCUGAGUGAUCUUUUUAACCCUUUUAAAAUGCAUGUUUCAUAUUCUUAAUAUACAUAAACUCCAAACCAGAUAUCAAAUAUAGUUUAGAAAGUUUUACUCAUGCAUAAAACAUCAG